CUUUCCAUUCUUUUGACUCUCUCUUUCAAAUGACAUCAAAAGAACCUGACGUCGUAAAGGUUCCUAUUCUUGGAUCAGAAUCCAUCAUUGUCGGUUUCCACCUAACCGAGUAUCUCAUACGUGACGUGCUCACAAACAUUUCUGCUUCCAAUUAUGUCCUUAUUACUGACAGUAACCUCGCAUCAAUUUAUCUUGAUAAAUACGUUCAAGUAUUCAAGAGCGUGAGUGACGAGUUAUUUAUAUCCAAGGGACUUCAAGCGCCUCGUCUCUUCACUCGCGCCCUUCCUCCUGGAGAAAUGACAAAGUCUCGUAAGAUCAAGGCCGAUAUCGAAGACUGGCUUCUUUCUAAUGCGGUCACUCGAGAUACUUGUUUCUUGGCAAUGGGCGGUGGUGUCAUUGGUGAUCUCAUCGGAUUCGUGGCUGCCACAUUUAUGCGUGGUGUGCCCUUUGUGCAGAUCCCUACGACCUUAUUGGCCAUGGUAGACUCUUCGAUCGGUGGAAAGACUGCAAUUGACGUACCCGCGGGAAAGAAUUUGAUCGGUGCCUUUUGGCAGCCCAAGCGUAUCUUUAUUGAUAUUGAUUUCUUACGUACCUUGCCUGAACGAGAAUUCUCUAACGGUAUGGCAGAACUUAUCAAGACUGCUGCCAUUUCUAAUGAAGAUGAUUUCUGCAAACUUGAAAAUGGUGUAGAAGCAAUUCGUGAUGCUGUUCUCAACAGCAACAGCUCAGAUAUUGCUAAUCAAGGCCAAACAUUAGAAACGCGAACUCCACAACAAUCAUUAUUAAUGGACGUGAUCUUAGCUUCUGUCCGUUUCAAGGCAUUUGUAGUCACCAAUGAUGAGAGAGAAGGCGGUCUUCGCGGUCUGCUGAACUUUGGUCACUCUAUCGGCCAUGGUAUUGAAGCCAUUGUCUCUCCCAUGAUGCUUCACGGUGAAUGUGUCUCAAUCGGAUGCAUAAAGGAAGCUGAAUUAGCUCGUAACCUUGGACACUUGAACCAAGUCGCUGUUGGACGUUUAGCCCGUUGCUUUGUCUCUUAUGGAUUGCCCAUCAGCUUAGAUGAUAAAAAGGUCAAGGAAAGAAUCGGAAACCUCCACUGUCAUGUAGACGACAUCAUGGAAAUUAUGAAAGUUGAUAAAAAGAAUCAAGGCGAUAAGAAGCGUAUUGUGAUGCUCUCAGCCAUUGGCAAGACACUCGAGCCUCGUGCUUCGGUAAUUGCUGACGCCGAUAUCCAUAAAGUGCUCGCCCCCGAACAACUCGUCCUGCCCGUGACAGAAUCUGCUACAGGACCCAAGAAGGAAGUGACGUUGACGACACCUGGCUCCAAAUCGAUUUCAAACCGUGCUCUGUUAAUAGCCGCCUUGGGUAAAGGUACAGUUCGAAUUAAGAACCUGCUUCACUCUGACGAUACACAGUACAUGUUGGCUGCCCUCAAGGGCUUGAACGCUGCCGAAUUUGAGUGGGAAGAUAAUGGUGAAACCUUGGUUGUUCAUGGUGGCGGCGGCAAACUGGUCGUUCCUGAUAAAGAACUCUAUGUGGGCAAUGCUGGUACUGCCUCUCGUUUCCUGACCUCCGUCUUGACCAUGAUCCCUACGAACGAAGGCGCAAAGAACACGGCUGCUGUUUUGACAGGCAACGCUCGUAUGAAGCAAAGGCCCAUCGCGCCAUUACUGGAUGCUUUAAAGGCCAAUGACGCCCAGAUCACCUCUCUCGAAAAGGACGGUUUCUUGCCUAUUGCCGUUACUCCCAACGGUGGAUUCAAAGGUGGGCGCAUCGAACUUGCUGCCUCAAUCUCAUCUCAAUACGUCUCUUCCAUCUUACUCUGUGCUCCAUAUGCCAAGGAGCCCGUCGAACUUGUGCUGGUGGGUGGCCAAGUCAUUUCUCAACCCUAUAUUGACAUGACAAUAGCCAUGAUGGAAUCAUUUGGCGCUACCGUCGAACGUCUUCCCGAAAACACGUAUAGAAUCAAGCAAGCCAUUUACCAAAAUCCAGACACGUACCUUGUCGAAUCCGACGCCAGUUCAGCCACAUACCCUCUUGCAAUUGCCGCGAUCACCGGCACGACAUGUACCGUUAGCAGCAUAGGAUCUAACUCCCUUCAAGGCGAUGCCGGUUUUGCUGUCAAUGUGCUUCGACCCAUGGGUUGUACUGUCAUCCAAACCGAAACAGCCACAACUGUCACAGGUCCACCUAUCGGACAACUUCGACCCUUGCCCUCGAUCGACAUGGAGACGAUGACAGAUGCAUUUUUGACAGCCACUGUGCUGGCUGCUGUGACCUCUAGUGACGGUAAGACGGAAAACAUCACGCGUAUCACAGGCAUUGCCAAUCAGCGUGUCAAGGAGUGCAACCGUAUUGCUGCCAUGGUUCAUGAACUGACCAAGUUUGGCGUUCAAGCCUCUGAGUUACCCGAUGGUAUCCAAAUCCACGGCAAGCCCAUCAAGGACCUGAAGGCUCCCAAGGAAGGCGUUCACACAUACGAUGAUCAUCGUAUCGCCAUGAGUUUCUCUGUCUUCUCUACUGUCGUUCCUCAUGGUACGAUCAUCACAGACAAGAAGUGUGUCGAAAAGACCUGGCCUACCUGGUGGGACGAUCUUGAACGCAAGUUGGGUGUUCGCUUAAACGGUAUUGAUCUUGGCGCUCGAUUGGCCAACAAGACAACACUUGGUAGGAACAAGCCAACUAGUAAAACUGACCAAAGUCAGUCAUUGGUGAUCGUAGGCAUGCGAGGCGCCGGCAAGACAACCCUUGGUCAGUACGCAGCAAAGGCUCUUGGCUUUAACUUUAUUGAUGUGGACCAACACUUUGAACAGACGCUCAACACGACCAUUACCGAAUUCAUCAAUACUUGGGGGUGGGACCAGUUCCGUCUGAAGGAAACAGAGAUUCUCAAGCAACUCCUGGAUUCGUCCUAUGCUCGCCAGCAUGUCAUCUCUUGUGGAGGCGGGAUCAUCGAGACCGCAGAGAGUCGUGAAGUGUUGAAGAAGCACCAUGCGAACGGUGGCAAGGUACUCCAUCUUGUUCGUGAUCUUGCUCAAGUCGUCAAUUACCUCAACCGAGACCAGACGCGGCCCAUGUUUGGUGAAGACAUGAUGACCGUCUGGCGUCGUCGCCGUCAGUGGUACAAGGAAGUAUGCAACUACGAGUUCGUGGCCUAUGCAGCCAGUCUCACCGACCGUGGUUUUGUUGAUCCUCCUGAAUGGGAAGCGAUCAAAAAAGAUCUCAAACGGUUCCUAUGGUUUAUCUAUGGACGUAACACGAAUCAUGUAGACAUCUCUCCGAAUAUCGAGUCACCCACGACCUUUGUUUCUCUUACCAGCAAGAACCUCGCAACAUGUGCUGAUACGCUCAAGGAAGUAUGCGAGGGAGCGGAUGCUGUUGAACUUCGUGUGGAUCUCCUUCAGAAGCCUGAUGACAAGGAAGAACUAUCUCCAGUAGAAUACGUUGGUGAGCAACUUGCCCUUCUUCGUCGAGCCGUCUCAAUUCCUGUCAUCUUUACCGUUCGUUCCAAGGGCCAAGCAGGUGCGUUCCCUAAUGAUGACGAAGAAGGUAUGUUUGAACUCCUUCGCUGGGGUCAGCGUUGGGGGUGUGAGUACAUUGAUGUCGAAAUGUGCUGGAGCACAAACAAGAUUGAAUCUCUUGUUGCUUCCAAGGGUCAAAGCCGUAUCAUUUCCUCCUGGCACGACCUUCAAAAAAUCACUCCCUGGGACAGCGCCGCGAUCGAAGCCAAGUACGAGUUGGGCGCCAAGUAUGGUGAUAUCGUCAAAUUGGUAGGUGUAGCUGAGACGAUGCAAGACAAUUUUAAACUCGAAGCUUUCCGUGCGACCAAACAAGAUAAAAACUUGAUUGCAAUCAAUAUGGGAGUCGCCGGUCAAUUGUCACGUAUUCUCAACGACUGCCUCACUCCCGUCACACACCCGGCGUUACCCAAGAAGGCCGCGCCUGGUCAACUCUCGCUUGCAGAAAUCAACCAGGCGCGUCAUCUCCUCGGUAUCUUGCCUGCCAAGUCAUUCUGGUUAAUUGGUACGCCCAUUCAACACUCCAUGUCACCCACCCUCCACAACACGGGCUUCCAAACACUCGGUCUUCCUUACACGUACGGUCUGCUCGAGUGUCACAUGGUAGAGUACGCAGAGGAGGCUAUUUUGAACGACCCUCAUUUUGGAGGGGCGUCCGUGACGAUUCCUCACAAGGUGUCUAUCAUGAAGUAUCUCGAUCAAGUGUCAGAAGAUGCCAAGAUGAUUGGCGCAGUCAACACGAUCUAUGUUCGUCAAACGACGGUCAAUGGCGAAAAGAAGCGUCUGCUACUGGGUGAAAACACCGAUUACCUCGGUAUGAAGCAUCGCAUUCAAGCACUCAUGAUGGAUCCUGAUCACCCACCUCAACAGGGCCUUGUCAUUGGUGCAGGUGGUACCGCUCGAGCCGCUUUGUACACAAUGCAACAGAUGGGUAUUCAAAAGAUCUAUCUCUGGAACCGAACCGUGUCCAAGGCAUAUGACCUCCAGCAAGCCUUCAAAGGCAAGAUUGAGAUUGAAGUGAUUGAGUCGCUUGAGACCAAGAUUGGUCCUGGUGUCAUCAUUUCGACCGUACCUGCUGAUUCGAGUAUUGAACUACCUGAACAUCUCUAUGGAGGCAUCAAGGGUAUUAUCUGUGAUAUGGCAUACAAGCCUCGUCGUACAAAACUACUUUUACAAGCUGAACAAAAGGGUUGGUCGUGUGUCGAAGGUAUCGAGAUCUUGAUUGCUCAAGGAAUUGCUCAGUUUGAGAUUUGGACGGGCAAACGAGCGCCGGUCGAUAGAAUAGAAGACCAAGUUUUGAGAAAAUAUUCAUUGUAAACAUUUAAAUAAAUAUAUAUUUUUGCAAGGGGGGAUUAUGAUGUUGACCCUUUAAACAAAGAUUUAAAUAGCGACA